GAGCUCGCAAUCCAGACAAGAAAUGGAAGGGGCAAUCCAUACCACAACCUCCAAAAUGAUUGCACUGGUGACGGGGGCCAACAAAGGAAUUGGGCUUGAGAUUUGCCGGCAGCUGUUGUCCAAAGGGUCCAUGGUCAUCUUAACAGCCAGAGACGAGCAGAGGGGACAUGCGGCUAUCGCCAACCUUCAGGCUUCGGGUGCAUCUGAUUCUGAUGUGCUUUUCCAUCAGUUGGAUGUGGCCGACUCUGCUAGUGUUGCUUCCUUGGCAGAUUUCGUCCGUGACCAGUUUGGCAAGCUUGAUGUGCUGGUGAACAAUGCAGCAGUUAGUGGACUAGCAUUGUCUCCUGAGAUUUUGAGUUCUUUCGAGCAAGUGCGAGAUCGUUUAACAGACUAUGCGAAUUCAAUAACAGAGACUUAUGACAUGGUUGAAGAAUGCCUCUACAUAAACUAUUAUGGAACAAAGGCAGUGACUGAGGCACUCAUUCCUCUACUUCAGUCAUCACAAUCACCAAGGAUAGUGAAUCUUUCCUCAUUCUAUGGCAGACUAAGGUAUAUCCCUGGUGAUAGAAUCAAAGAAGAGAUGAGAAAUGUUGAUGUUCUAUCAGAAGAUAGAUUAAAUGAACUGUUGCAGUCCUUCCUAAAUGAUUUCAAGGAGAGGAAGCUGGAGGAAAAUGGCUGGCCAACCCGCAUAUGUGCAUACAAGGUUUCUAAAGUUGCAGUGAGUGCUUACACAAGAAUCCUUGCUAAGAAGUACCCCAACAUUUGUAUCAACUGUGUGCAUCCUGGAGUUGUCAAAACGGACAUAAACUGGAACACUGGGGAACUGCCUGUGGAAGAAGGUGCUCAAGGACCUGUGUUCGUAGCUUUGCUUCCUGAUGGUAGUCCAUCAGGGCAAUUCUAUGAUAUGAAAGAAGUGUCAUCAUUUGAGUACAAGGAGGAGGCGGAGGAGGAAGAGGUAGCAGUUCUUGCAUUCAGGAAAAGGAUCGCACUGGUGACAGGGGCCAACAAAGGAAUUGGGCUUGAGACAUGCCGGCAGCUGUUGUCCAAAGGCGCGACGGUCAUCUUAACAGCCAGAGACGAGCAGAGGGGACUUGCGGCUGUCAGAAACCUUCAGGCUUCGGGUGCAUCUGAUGUGCUGUUCCAUCAGUUGGAUGUGGCUGACUCCGCUAGUGUUUCUUCCUUGGCAGGUUUCAUCCAUGACCAGUUUGGGAAGCUUGAUGUACUGGUGAACAAUGCAGCAGUUCAUGGAGUAGGAUUAGAUCCUCAGAUUUUGGGUUCCUCUGUGCAAGUGCCAAACAAUUUAACAGACUUGAGAAAUGCAAUAAUAGAGACUUACGACAUGGCUGAAGAAUGCCUCAACAUAAACUAUUACGGAACGAAGAGAGUGACUGAGGCACUCCUUCCUCUACUUCAGUCAUCGCAAUCACCAAGGAUAGUGAAUCUUUCCUCACUCUACGGAAAACUAAGGUAUAUCCCUGACAGUAAAAUUAAAGAAGAGAUGAGGAACGUUGAUGUUCUAUCAGAAGAUAGAUUAGAUGAACUGUUGCAGUCCUUUUUAAAUGAUUUUAAGGGAGGGAAGCUGCAAGAAAAUGGUUGGCCAACCAGAACAUCUGCAUACAUGGUUUCUAAAGUUGCCGUGAGUGCUUACACAAGGAUCCUUGCUAAGAAGUACCCCAAGUAUUGUAUCAACUGUGUGAACCCUGGAUUUGUCAAAACAGAUAUAAACUAUAACUUUGGAGAACUGCCGGUUGAAGUAGGUGCUCAAGGACCUGUGUUUCUGGCUAUGCUUCCUGAUGGCAGCCCAUCAGGACACUUCUAUGAUCUGGAAGAAAUGUCAUCAUUUGAAAAAGCACAGUUGAGGGGGAAAAAAGAGAAAUCCAGGUUGCAGCACAACCUAGAACUGAAUUCUUCUAGAUUCAACCCACUUGCAAUUCAUCAAGCUCAUCGAUUGAGGGAGAAAAAUGGAAAAUCCAACUGCACCUCCCACCAGGAUACAGUUCUUUUAUCCCACAUUCAAUUCAUGAAGCUACCAAACUCUCUGAAACUUGACUGUCAGGCAGCAAAGCUUAGAACUUGGAGAGAUAUGGAUAUAGAGGUACAUGUAACCUUGGCUGCUACUGUUAUUACAACCAAAGCCAAGCUAGAUCAAAACAACUCUCCAGAUUUUCCAUUUCUCUUCUUUUAUCAGCCAUCAGAUAUGAGAGGAGGCAUCUGCAGCCCAAGACAGAAUUGGAUUGCAGUGGUUACUGGAGCCAACAAGGGCAUUGGAUUGGAGGUAUGCAGACAGUUGGCAUUCAAUGGAGUCAAGGUCAUACUGACUGCCAGAGAUGAGACAAAGGGAAUGGAAGCUCUGGAGAAGAUGAGAGACUCUGAGCUUUCCGAUAUCAUCUUUCACCAGCUGGAUGUGACUGAUGCAUCUAGCAUUGCUUCCUUGGCUGACUUCAUAAGGACUCAGUUUGGAAAGCUUGACAUUCUGGUGAAUAAUGCAGCAGUUGGAGCAUUAACUGUGGACAUGGAUGCUCUAAAAGCAUCAAAACCCACAGAUGAUGAGAACACCCAAGAUACAGGUGAUAUACCAGAUUGGCUGAAGCCACAUGUGGUUCAAUCCUUUGAGAUGGCAGAAACUUGUUUACAGACUAACUACUAUGGUGCUAAAGCUGUCAUUAAAGCCUUCAUCCCCCUUCUCCAAUCAUCUCUUUCAGGAAGGAUCAUCAACGUGUCAUCCACCCUUGGGCAACUCAGGGUAAUUUCAAAUGAAAGGCUCCAAGAGGAGCUAUCAGAUGUUGAUUGCCUGACAGAAGAGAGAAUCGAUCAACUGUCAACUUUGUUUCUGAAGGAUUUCAAGGAUGAUUUGCUGGGUUCCAAUGGUUGGCCAACCAUGGCAUCUGCAUAUAAAGUCUCUAAAGUACUUAUCAAUGCUUACACUAGGAUUCUUGCAAAGACUCACCCUGCUUUGUGCAUUAACUGUGUGAAUCCUGGCUUUGUCAAGACUGACUUGAACUGGAACAGCGGGAUCUUGACAGUGGAAGAAGGAGCUAAAGGACCAGUGCUAUUAGCCUUGGGGUAUCAUGACAGUGCCACUGGCUUGUUCUUUGACCAAACUGAAGCUUCAUCCUUCUGAAACAUGUAAGCUUCAUCUUUGAUGAAGCUAUUGGUAGGAGGACAUUAAGGCGGAUAGAUGGAUCUUUAGGAGCUCAUGCAAAUCUUGAUUGCAACGCAACCCCCAACACGUGUGUGUAGAAGUAUGGGAGCUUCCACUAUGUUAUGCCUGUCUUUUCCAAGAGUUAAUAGAUAAAAAGUGGGAAAACUCGAGAAUAUUUUUUGUCAAUGAUAAUGCUGAAUAUGAUUAUGUA